GGGAACGUGAGGGACGGCCGCGGGAGUGCCGUGCCCAGGGCCGGUGGGGGGUGGGGGGGUUGGCUGCUGUCCGUCCGACCGCCGCAAUGCAGAACGUCAUCAACACGGUGAAGGGGAAAGCCCUGGAGGUGGCCGAGUACCUCACGCCCGUGCUCAAGGAGUCCAAGUUUAAAGAAACUGGAGUAAUUACACCUGAAGAAUUUGUUGCAGCCGGAGAUCACUUAGUUCACCACUGUCCUACUUGGCAAUGGGCUUCAGGAGAAGAACUUAAAGUCAAAGCUUACCUGCCAACAGACAAACAGUUUUUGGUAACUAAAAAUGUGCCGUGCUAUAAAAGGUGUAAGCAGAUGGAGUACUCAGAUGAGCAGGAGGCAAUUAUAGAAGAAGAUGAUGGUGAUGGGGGAUGGGUAGACACUUUUCACAAUGCAGGUAUAGUGGGUGCAACAGAAGCAAUUAAGGAGAUCACACUAGACAGUAAGGAUAAUAUAAAAAUACCAGAGUGUUCAGCAUCUUGUGAAGAUGAUGAUGAGGAAGAUGAAGGAGAAGCUGCAGACAUGGAAGAGUAUGAAGAAAGUGGGCUAUUGGAGACAGAUGAUGCAACGCUUGACACAAGACAGAUUGUAGAAGCUAACAAAACUAAAGUUGAUGUUGGAGGGGAAGAUGCUAUUCUACAGACUAGAACCUAUGACCUCUACAUCACUUAUGACAAAUAUUACCAAACUCCAAGGCUGUGGUUAUUUGGAUAUGAUGAGCAGCGGCAGCCUUUAACAGUAGAGCAUAUGUAUGAAGAUAUUAGUCAAGAUCACGUCAAGAAAACAGUGACCAUUGAAAACCAUCCUCAUCUUCCUCCACCUCCUAUGUGCUCAGUUCAUCCAUGCAGGCAUGCAGAAGUCAUGAAGAAAAUAAUCGAGACUGUUGCAGAAGGUGGAGGAGAACUUGGAGUUCACAUGUACCUUCUUAUUUUCCUGAAAUUUGUACAGGCAGUCAUUCCAACGAUAGAGUAUGACUACACAAGGCACUUUACGAUGUAACUAAAAUAAGAGAUGUGUUCCUCUGAUUAUCAAAUCUUUUUUUAAAUAACCCAUCCAUGUGACUUAUGCAACAUUGUACACAAUUUCUGUAACUAAUCUUUUAUCGACUUGAUGCAUUAAAAUAAAAUGUUCCAUUACCA